AUGGUCUCGACCGCGGGAGGCAUCGUCAUUGCGAUUGUGGUGAUUCUGGUUGUCGCGGCGGCUGGAUGGGUUGUAUUCACGCAGCUGCGCGCGCGAAGACUGGGACUCCCACCACCUAGUCUCUCGUCGUAUCUGCCCUGGCACAAGGCAGACACGCCGUACGGACCGCCGCGGCCGGCGCGCGGCGGCAUCGUUGGCUGGUUCAACGACGUGCUGCGCAAGUUCAAGCACCGCAACGACCGGUCGGCCGCGGGCGCCUACGAGCAGUCGUCGCACGGCCCGCCCGGCAACCGCGGCUUUGGCCCGCUGGACCCGGACGACGCCUGGGACUCGCGCGUCGGCAACGAGGCUGACGGGUACGGCUACUACGAGCAGGAGCUGGGGGGCCACACCGAGUACACGGGCGCCAGCUACGGCGGAGGCGGCGGCCGGCUGGGCGCGGGAGGGGUGGCGGCGACCCAUGCGGCCUAUGACGAGGACGUUGAGCGGGGGCGGCGGCCGAGCAGAGAUGCGGGAGCGGCGACGGCGGCGGGCGUCGGGGCUGGGCGCGUGAACCCUUUCGAUGACGAUGCGCAGGCGAGCCUCCGGGGCGUCAGCCCGCGGCCCAUGGACGCGGCUUCGUACAGGCCGGGGGAUCGGCCGGGGAGCUCUGGCAGUAGCCAUGCCGACAGGAGGUCCAUGUUUAGGGAGAAUAUCUAA